CCGUCAGUGAGUGCACUAGUCUCUCGGCUAGACGAGUGGACGAUCAUCACCGCGCGAGGCGUGCAUCAUGCCGCGAUAUCGGGGUUGUAACGCAUCGUUGGCCGAGCACCGAUAGCAGAGCAGUGUCGCGCGCGUGCGAGCCGAGAGGCUUCUGGGCCGCGGGGGGUUGCCCUUUGCCUGUACGCCACAUUUUCAGAGGCGUCUGCGCGGGCGGCGAAUUCCCUUGGAUUGAGUGCACCCGCACUGACGCGCUGUCCAGUGUAUAGAAUCUAAUACGUUUUUCGUCUGCUUCGAACUCCAAACCGGUUGGUACUUUGCACGGCCUUUUGCAAAGAUGAAGCAAUCGCCGCUGCAGCUUUGUUUCGACUUGACGUAUAUGAAGGAUUCCAUUCUGUACGAAGAUCUGAUCCGUCGAAUCUCGAGAAUAAUGUGACGGAGCCAUUAAUGUCUCUCCUGAAGUGCCAAAGUCAAUCAGAUAAUCUAGUAGUCAUGCGUAAAAAAUCUUUUGUAACGAACUUCCAUGUCUGACGUACGUAAGUGUAUAUAAACAUACAGCCCGCGGCGGCAAGCAUCAAUUCAAUUGAGAGCGCACUCGAGAGAAUGGGAGCAUAACGUAAAUAUCGUCUGCUAGGCACAAGUAAAAGUUCUGCUAACUGACUUGUCUCGCGCGCGACACUUUCGGGCCCGCAGUCGAUUGCCUGUCGUCGCAGCUCCGAAUCACGAAUGGAGCGGCCAAGAAGUGCGUGUGCCGCUUCUUCUUUUUCUGCUUCCUCUUCUUCGUUUUCUUCAAUCUUGCAAACAUUCCGACUUGAGCAUUCGAGGCAACAGCAGCUGCUCGAGUCGUAACGGUACAUGUGUACAUCGUCUUCUAGCCAACGCGUUAUUUUAUUAAAUAAGAAAAACUAACUCUUCAAAAUGACCAUCGUCACCUGCAUCGCUCCCGUUAACAUAGCUGUCAUCAAGUACUGGGGAAAACGUGACGAAUCGUUAAUACUCCCGAUUAACGAUUCUCUGAGCGCUACUCUCGAUACCGAACACCUCUGCGCAAAAACGACUGUUAUGAUAAGUCCGAAUUUCACGGAAGACCGAAUCUGGCUGAAUGGAAGUGAGGAAUCUAUAAAUAAUCCAAGACUGCAGAACUGUUUGAAAAAAAUCAGACAAAAAUCUGAGCUGCCUGCUGAAAUGAAUGAUUGGAAAGUUCAUAUUUGUUCUCAAAACAAUUUUCCAACAGCUGCUGGCUUAGCAUCAAGCGCUGCAGGAUAUGCUUGCCUGGCUUAUGCUCUAGCACAGUUAUUUAAAGUAAAGGGAGAUAUAAGUGAAAUAGCCAGAUCAGGCUCUGGUUCAGCCUGCAGGAGUGUUUAUGGAGGAUUCGUUAAAUGGUUAAUGGGUACUGAUCCAUCAGGUUGUGACAGUAUUGCCAAACAAGUAGUGCCUUCUUCACAUUGGUCUGAUAUGAGGAUUCUUGUAUUGGUGGUGAAUGACAGCAAAAAAAAAGUGUCCAGUUCAGUUGGCAUGCAACGAACUGUGAAAACUUCUGAAUUGUUAUCACAACGAGCUACAACUAUUGUGCCUCAUAGAAUAGUAAAAAUGGAACAAGCUCUGCAUAACAAAGACUUUGAGACAUUUGCUGAAUUGACUAUGAAAGACUCAAAUAAUAUGCACGCAGUUACUUUAGAUACUUAUCCCCCUUGUACAUAUAUGAAUGAUACUUCUCACAAUAUUGUGGACUUUGUACAUGCAUAUAAUGCUGCCAAAAACGUAGUUAAAGUAGCAUACACAUUUGAUGCUGGACCGAAUGCUACACUAUUCCUUCUGGAAAAAGAUGUGGCGGAAUUCAUUGGGGCUCUGAAUCAUUACUUUCCCCCAGCAGAAAAUAGUGAUAUAAAAUAUCAAAAAGGACUUUUUGUUGAAAAUGUUGUCCCUUCAGAGAGUAUUUUAAAGAAUAUCAAGUUUGUUGAGCAACCUGCUGGAAAAUUGAAGUACAUUAUUCACACUCGAGUUGGAGAUGGACCCAAACAACUUGAAAAUAGUAAAAAUCAUCUUUUGAAUGAAGAUGGCUUACCUCAUUGAUUGAAGUAUAUAUAAAUAUAUGAUUGAUUACUUAUAAAUAUUAUUUUUUUAUAAUAAAUCAAAUUGUUGUA